AAAAAGAUCUUGACAGACUAGAGAGAUGGGCCGAAACUAACAAAAUGAAGUUCAACAGGGAUAUACUUCACUUUGGCAGAAAAAAUGGAAUGCAAAGAUACAGAAUGGGAGAUGCCUGGCUAGACAGCAGUACAUGUGAAAAAGAUCUUGGAGUCCUUGUGGACAACAAGUUAAACAUGAGCCAGCAAUGUGAUGCGGCUGCUAAGAAAGCCAAUGGGAUUUUGGCCUGCAUCAAUAGGAGUAUAGUGUCUAGAUCCAGGGAAGUCUAUUCUGCUUUGGUCAGACCACACCUGGAAUACAGUGUCCAAUUCUGGGCAUCGCAGUUGAAGGGAGAUGUUGACAAGCUGGAAUGUGUCCAGAGGAGGACAACUAAAAUGAUCAAAGGUCUGGAGAACAAGCUCUAUGAGGAGCGGCUUAAAGAACUGGGCAUGUUUAGCCUGCAGAAGAGAAGGCUGAGAGGAGACAUGAUAGCCAUGUACAAAUAUGUGAGGGGAAGUCAUAGGGAAGAGGGAGCAAGCUUGUUUUCUGCUGCCCUGGAGACUAGGACGCGGAACAAUGGCUUCAAACUACAGGAAAGGAGAUUCCACCUGAACAUCAGGAAGAACUUCCUCACUGUGAGGGCUGUUCGGCAGUGGAACUCUCUCCCCCGGGCCGUGGUGGAGGCUCCUUCUUUGGAGGCUUUUAAGCAGAGGCUGGAUGGCCAUCUGUCAGGGAUGCUUUGAAUGCGAUUUCCUGCUUCUUGGCAGGGGGUUGGACUGGAUGGCCCAUGAGGUCUCUUCCAACUCUACUAUUCUAUGAUUCAAGGAUGCAAUUAACAUCACCCUUUUCAAAACGGGGAAGAGGACAGACUGGAAAUCAUCAAGGUAUCUCUUUUAACCUCUGCCGGGAAAAUCCUUGCAAGAAUCCUCGCAAACUGCCUUCUACUUAAUUGAAAAGACAUCCUUCUUGAAUCUCAGAAUAGCUUCCUCCCCUCUAGAGGAACAGUGGGUAUAGUCUUCACUGCACCACAGGUUCAAGAAAUGCUGCUCUACAUGCUGUGUCUGAAGCCAUAAACUGGGAAUUCUACCUCCAUUUCCCAGACAGACCACAGAAAGCAGGUGUCUAUUACCGGCUUUUUUCACUGUGACCUUGGAGGAACUUACUAAGGCAGCUUGCUGUUGGCAUUAAAACUGGAUUUGGGAUCUUUAAUCCUGAGGUGGGUGUAUUGCUUUGCUGGUGCAAAUCCGAGGUGUAUUGGACAAUGUGGGAGCAAGACAAAUUAAAAAGAGGGGUAUUCCAUGUGGGUGGCAACAUGCCAGCUAAACACAGGGGCGCUUUCUUCAUUGGCAUUUCAAGUGCAACAACUCUGUCUUGCAUCAGUUUAGGCUAUUAUUUGUGACAUCUCAGAGGGGAGCGGGGGAAGGAAUAAUAUUGUGCAGCCAGUUAAAGCCUCCUCCGUUGAGAUGGCUGCGGUUUGUGUGCUACCUGCAACUCUAAAUGCACAUUGCACCCUUACGAAUACAUGAGCCCCUGCCUUCAGUGCUGUAUCUAGCUUCACAACAAUUUCCUUAGAUUUUACAAUAGGAUAUAUAAAAUGAUGAGCAAUUUUAACCAGGUAAAUGUGCCAGUCUUUCAAUGGGAAGUGUGGACCUGCUUUUGUCUGAUGAGAGUCAAGUUAGCUAGGAUUAUUGUUGUUGUGUGCAUUCAAGUUGUUUCAGACAGUGGCAUAUGCUGCUUGUUGGAGUCUCCUUGUCUGGACAUCUUUCAGCAGAGGCGGCAUGGCCAUCUGUCAGGAGGGCUUUGAUUGCAGCAGAGGGGCUUAUAGUUGUCGCCUGGCUCUCCUCUUUUCUUCCCAAGGGAGGAGCUGCAGAAAAGGCAGCCUUUUUGGAAAAUGUGGGGAGGCUACUUGGGAUGAACAUUUUUCGAUAGAGUUACGAGUUGGGUCGAUACAGGGAAUGCUGUGGAUGUAGCAUACCUAGAUUUCAGUAAGGCCUUCAACAAAGUCCCUCACGACCUUCUGGCAAACAAACUAGUAAAAUGUGGGCUAGACAAAACUACAGUUAGGUGGAUCUGUAAUUGGCUAAGCAAACGAACCCAAAGGGUGCUCACCAAUGCGUUGUCUUCAUCUUGGAAAGAAGUCACGAGUGGAGUGCCGCAGGUUGCAUCCUGGGCCUGGUUCUGUUUAACAUCUUUAUUAACGACUUAGAUGAAGGGUUAGAAGGCACAGUCAUUAAGUUUGCAGACGACACCAAACUGGGAGGGAUAGCCAACACUCCAGAAGACAGGAGCAGAAUUCAAAACGAUCUUGACAGAUUAGAGAGAUAGGCCGAAACUAACAAAAUGAAGUUCAACAGGGACAAAUGCAAGAUACUUCACUUCGGCAGAAAAAAUGGAAUGCAAAGAUACAGAAUGGGGGACGCCUAGAUCGACAGCAGUACAUGUGAAAAGAUGCGGGGACAUGAGAGAAGCCUCCCACAAGGAUGGUAAAACAUCAAAACAUCCGGGCGUCCCCUGGGCAACGUCCUUACAGACGGCCAAUUCUCUCACUCCAGAAGCCACUCCGGUUGCUCCUGACAUGAAAAAAAAAAAAAAAAAAAAAAAACGCCUCCUGUUAAAUUUCUUUUCUAUACUUAUUAUUGUUCUCACUCUUUUUAUGUUUUUAAAAGCACUUAAUAAAAAUAUUUAAAACAAACAAAGAAAUUCUGCUCCAAGUUUAGGACCAGUUUGGGGGCUUCUUUGUACCAGAUUUGGGCAGCCUUUGUCUCUUGGGAAGCUGGUCUUGUCCUCCAAAAUCUGGUUCCCCCAUGGUAUACUUCAGGCCCUAGUUUGAAACAGCUGCUCUCUUGGGGCUGCGGCUUUUACUUGUCCAUCUGCUUCUUUGACUGCGGUGUGUCUCAAUGGUCUGUGGAGGUUAUGAGCCGCUUUAAGGAGGUGAAUCGAGGCAUCGCCUGAGAGGCUUAAAUGGCCACCCAAUCAAAGGCUGGGUUUGGUCCUGGGCUGUCCCGGGGAGUCUCAGUCUGUCUUUUCAGGGAGCAUCUGGACCAAGGUCUACUGUCUCCCAAAGAAGUGCUGCCACUGCCACCUUGAAGACCUGGAGAAGAUGAACUGCUUCUACUUUUCAGUCGUGAUCUGGAAGCACCGCACUUGGCUGCUAGCCACCAUCUUGCUACUUCUGAUGCUGCUCCUUCGACAACUGACCAAAGAAGAGGUUCUCCAUCUCAAUCGGAAGGAAGAAUUAUUGAGUUUGCAGCCAAGGAGCGUUUCUACUCAAACCCUGUCUGUUUGGCAUGGGACAGGAAAACCUGUCUCAGAGGAGCCAGGAGAUCUCAACAUUGUCUUCCUGAAGACCCACAAAACAGGCAGCAGCACAGUGCAAAACAUCCUUUUUCGGGCCAGUGAGCGACACAACCUGACUGUGGCAUUCCCCCUCUACUCUUAUCAGUUUGCCUACCCAGAGCGUUUCUCCAGGGCAUUUGUAGAGGAUAUUCCGCCUGGGGCGACCCACUUUAACCUGCUUUGCAGCCACAUGAGGUUGGAUGUUGGGGAAGUCAGAGCCAUCAUGCCCUCCCAUAGUAUCUUCCUCACCAUCUUACGCCAUCCAGUGCAGACUUUUGAGUCUGUAUUCCACUAUUACCUCAACAUGGUGCCUGCCUUCCAGCCACUGGCCAACCACUCCAGGCCCCUAAUGGCUUUCCUUGAAGCAUCAGCUCAGUACUACAAUGCUCAGGACUCCAGCAAUGGUCUGGCCAAGAACCCAAUGGCCUUUGACUUGGGCCUGAGUCCAAGGGACGAAGAAUCAGCCAGUAGUGAGUGGUCCAUGGAGCUGGAGAAGCUCAACCAGACCUUUCAUCUGGUCAUGAUUGCUGAGCACUUUGAUGAGUCUCUUCUCCUGGCACGGGAGCUGUUAGGGCUGGACAUGGAAGAGCUGGUCUAUGUCAAGCUCAAUGUCCGUCAUAAGGAAGGGGAACCUCUCUCGAAGGGGUUAGCCCAAAAAAUCCAGGCUUGGAACUGGUUUGAUAUGCAGCUCUACAAGUUUUUCCAAAGGAUUUUGUGGCACAAAGUGGAGCGUUAUGGCUACAUGCGCAUGAAGCGAGAGCUGGAUACCUUUCGGGCCUUACUGCGGGAGACCGUGGCCAGGUGCUUGGCAGAAGAUUCGGUUGGACCAGGGGACAUGGCCGAUGCCCUGCGGCCUUGGCAGCCAAGCAGUGUCACUAUUUUGGGCUACCGACUAAAGCAGAACCUCACCUAUGCCCAAUAUAGCAGCUGCUUCCGCCUGGUCUUGCCUGAACUCCAGUAUCAUACAUAUCUCUACUACAAACAGUAUGGAAAGGACAUGCGCCCGCUCCCCACUACAUAGUGCCAGGCAGCUACUGUUUGGGAAGCUGAGAACACGUUUUGCUCAUUUACCAGAUCCUCCACUCCUUGACCAUGGGUGCCGUAACCCUUGGGGAUGACAUCUGAGACUUUGCAAGAUGAACCAGGUUGGAGGUAGAGUCAUCAAAUUAGAAUCUGUUUUUCACACAGAUGGGGAAAAUGCCAAGGACACCUCCUUCUCAUGUAUGCCAUCUCAUCCCCCAUGGCACCUUUCAAUGUGGGCAGUGGCAAUACAACCAGGGAUUUCAUUUGUAGGUGGUAACGCUUGACAUCCUGUUUGCCUUUAAGUUUUCCAACAACAAAGGAAGACAUAGCAAUGGGCCCCAUUGCCACUGUGGGUUAAUUCAGUUUGCCACUAACUACAAAUAACUGACCACUUGUAAUUCACCAGUUUCUCCAAAACAAAUGUACAGUAGAGUCUCACUUAUCCAACGUAAACGGGCCAGCAGAACGUUGGAUAAGCGAAUAUGUUGGAUAAUAAGGAGGCAUUAAAGAAAAGCCUAUUAAACAUCAAAUUAGGUUAUGAUUUUACAAAUUAAGCACCAAAACAUCAUGUUAUACAACAAAUUUGACAGAAAAAGUAGUUCAAUAUGCAGUAAUGCUAAGUAGUAAUAACUGUAUUUACGAAUUUAGCACCAAAAUAUCACUAUGUAUUGAAAACGUUGACUACAAAAAUGCGUUGGAUAAUCCAGAAUGUUGGAUAAGCGAGGGUUGGAUAAGUGAGACUCUACUGUAUUUCAAUGUUAUGAUUGUAAUGUAACAAAAGAGAAAUUCUUUUAUAAUGUAACAUUAAUUUUCUAUUUGCUCCUAUAAGUUUAAUAUUAUGGUCUCACUAAACAGCGUAAAAGGAAUA